AUGGCUGACAUCUUGCCUCUGAUGCCAGAGAAAGGCUCGCUGUGUGCGGACGUGCGCCGCGUGCUGCGCACCGUGUUCCGUCAGCCGGCGCACGCUGCGAGCGACGCCGCCGCGAGCGAGACCUCUGCCGCUGACGCGCUGCGGCGCCAGGAGCUGCGGCUGCUGCAGCAGCGCGCCGCCCGCCUCGCACGCCAUCCGCCGCACCCGCACCGACUGCAUCUCGCGCCCGCACCCGCGCCAGCGCCAGCGCCCGCCCGCCGCUCGCAGAGAGGACUCGCGCUGCUGACGAGGGCGGACUUGAAACCGCCCAUUGAGCGGGAAGCGGCUGGUGAGGUUCCUGACUCUUUUUUUGUGGAACACGCAAGACCUCCGGCAGAAUUGACAGUAGAAGGUGGCCCGGCCGCGCGAGCUGACGCGUGGCGUACGUGGCGAAGACUGUUUCUCGUGUUUCUAAAAGCAUCCGGAGUGGCGAAGGAGCCUGCUGACGUUCAGGCUAGCCUGCUGAUCAAUCUCAUAGGCCCGGCAGGCCGAAAAAAGCCGAAAAAGUUUUUCACGCGAAACCAAGACACAUCAGAAACAAUCGAUCAGUACGUGACGUCACUGAGGCUACUCAGUCAACAUUGUGAGUUCAUGCAGCUGAGAGAUAGUUUAAUACGAGAUCGAAUCGUCUGUGGCAUAUCUAAUACCACGGUACGUGACCGGCUGUUGCGCACGGAUGAUUUGACCUUGGCUAAAGCCGUACAGAUUUGUGAGGCCGCUGAGAUGUCCAAGGAAGAGGGUCGGCUCAUCGAGGGUUCGACUGCCGAAUCGUCCGUGGACGCGAUUUGGAAGGAAUCUGUUCGAGGUGGCGGUUCGCGAGGUCGAGGCGGCGGCAGGCGAGCGCUGCGCGGGCGCGGCGCGCGGUACGGCGCCAGGCCGGCCGGCUGCGCCGCGUGCGGGAGCCCGCGCUGCGCGGGAGAUGUCGAGUGUCCAGCGCGAAGUGCUACCUGUUUUGUGUGUGAACGUGUGGGCCAUUUUCAUAAGUCAAAAAAGUGUUCAAGUCGUAAAGUGUUCGAUGUAAAUGUUGAUAGCUCUGAUGAAGAAGUGUUUUACAUUAAUAUUAUAAGCGAGGUUGCAAAGAACAGUUCGUGUAAGGAAUGGUUUGAAACCUUUGUAUGUAAUGGUAAGCGAAUUCAAUUUAAAUUGGACACCGGUUCUAUGCUAAAUGUUAUAGCAAAAAGUGAUUUUUUGAAGCUAGGAUUUUCUUUAAAAAUGUUAAAACCGUUCAUAAAACGCGUACAAUCUUUUACGGGCAAUGAUAUACCGAUAUUAGGUGCGGGUGAUUUGACAUUGUCACACGAGAGUAAGCUGUAUGAUUUAACAUUCGUUGUGGCUGAUUUUAAUUGUCAAAAUAUUCUUGGAUUAAAAGGUUGCAUCGCUUUGCACCUUAUUAACAGAGUGAACGCGGUGUGUGUGUACGAUAAAUACAAAAGUAGAUACCCAGAACUAUUUAAUGGUUUAGGAAAAUUGCCUGGCCGUUAUACUAUUUCUAUAAAUGACAAUAUUGAACCGGUCAUAUGUCCGCCGCGUAAGAUUCCUCUCGGGCUUCGCGAUAAAUUAUAUUCAGAGUUAUGCAGAUUGGAAAACAUGGGUGUCAUAAGAAAAGUGACCCACCCGACCGACUGGGUGAACGCCAUAGUUGUAGUUGCUAAAAAGAACGGCGACAUUCGAUUGUGCUUAGAUCCGCGACCUUUGAACCGUGCUAUUCGUCGGGCGCAUUAUAGUUUACCGACGGUAACCGAGGUAGCUGUCAAGUUGCGCGACGCGAAAUAUUUCAGCGUUUUAGAUGCGACGUCAUCGUUCUGGAUGAUCGAAUUGGAUGAUGCGAGUGCUGACCUUUGUACCUUCGGAACACCAUCGCACGGUCGGUACCAAUUUCUACGUCUACCGUUUGGAAUUAACUGUGCAUCGGAAGUUUUUCAUGCGAAAAUAAGACAGUAUUUGGAAGAUCUAGACGGCACCGACUCCUUUAUUGAUGAUAUUAUAGUUUGGGGGCGUACGAGAGAAGAGCACGAUAUGAGACUUGAACGUUUAUUGCAGCGAUCAAACGAAAUCGGUAUAAAAUAUAAUUAUAAUAAAUGCAAGUUUUGUGUUCGCGAAAUAGUGUUUUUAGGUCAUAAAUUUAAUUGUAACGGAAUGCAGCCUGAUGAUACUAAAAUCAAAGCUAUAAUAAGCAUGCCUGACCCGAGCGAUAGGAAAGCUUUAGAAAGGUUUCUCGGGAUGGUGAAUUAUUUAUCAAAAUUUAUUCCGAACUAUUCAGAAUCCGUUGCGGUGUUAAGAGGUUUAUUAAAAAAGGAUACGGAGUGGGUAUGGUAUCCUAAGCACUCCGAAGCAAUCGAAAACUUAAAAAAGAAAUUGUCGUCAGCUCCCGUGCUGGCUUUAUAUUCGCUGGAAUUGCCAGUGGUGGUGUCCGUUGAUGCGAGCGCGCACGCGGUCGGCGCCGUGCUGCUGCAGGCGGGCCGGCCCGUGGAGUUUGCGUCGCUCACGCUCACCGACACGCAGGUGCGCUAUGCGCAGAUAGAAAAAGAGAUGCUUGCGAUCGUGUUUGCCGUCGAACGAUUUCGCCAGUAUUUAUUUGGCAGACAAGGUAUAGUCGUGCAGUCGGAUCAUAAACCUUUAGAGGCUUUGUGCAACAAACCGUUGGCGUCGGUGCCUUGUCGCUUACAGCGUAUGAUGAUGCGCAUACAGGGCUACGAUUUGAAAGUCGUAUACACGCCCGGCAAAUUUAUGUACAUAGCCGACACGCUGUCGAGGGCGGCGUUGCCGGAGUUGUUGACCGAUCGGCUGAGCACAGAUGUUGAAUCGCAGACGUGUUUUCUCAUAGAAAACGCACACUUUAGUAAUGAAAAAUUAGAACUCAUAAAAAAGCAUAUUGUGAGCGAUGCUGAAAGUACAUCCCUAAUUUCAUAUAUUAUUAACGGUUGGCCGAAACAUAAGAAAAAUAUAAAUGAUAAUCUUCAACUAUUUUGGCAACAUAGAAAUCUUUUGCAGUACGCGGACGGGUUGAUUUUUAAAGACGAUGUUCUAUACAUACCGAAAAGCUUACGUAAGUUAAUGUUGGACAGAGUGCACGAGGGACAUUUAGGUAUAGACCGCUGCAAGCGGCGCGCGCGAGACGUGAUGUUCUGGCCCGGCAUGUCGCGCGACGUGGAGCGGGCCGUGCGGGGCUGUGCGGCGUGCGCGCAGCACGCGCCCCGCCCGCGCCCCGCGCCGCUGCGUCCACAUUACGUGCCGGACAUACCAUGGCAUGGCAUUCCUUUGGAACUCAUCUCUGAUAACGCGACUGUUUAUAGCUCACGCGAGUUUAAGAACUUCAUGUGCGAGUGGGAAGUGCGUCACGUGACGUCGUCACCCCACUAUCCGCAGUCCAACGGAAAAAGUGAACGCACAGUACAAACCGUAAAGCAGCUACUUAAAAAAUGUAUCGAUUCCGGACAAGAUUUUUAUAUUAGUCUACUUAACUAUAGAACUACGCCGAGAGAUGGGAUAGACUCUCCGGCGCAGAUUUUGAUGGGUCGACGACUUAAUACAAAAUUACCAAUUAAUCAGAAAUUAUUGCGGGAAAAUGUUAAUAACGUUGCUAAUCAUAAAUCAGUUUUGAGUCGACAAGAGGAGAUGAAAAGGCGUUUCGAUAAGCGCGCGAAUCCGCUUAGGGAUUUGGCAGUCGGAGAGAAGGUUACCCUUGCGGACGGCACCGGUCGCAAGCCGGUCUCGGUAGUUGCGCGCGCGCCGGAGCCGCGCUCCUACCUCGUGCGCGACCACCGCGGGAAAGUGUGCAGGCGAACGAGGAGACACUUGAUAGCUCGCACGGCUCCGGCCAGUAAUGACAAUGUCACGUCACAGGCAUCUAGUACUUACGGUGACGCAGUGACAGAUGCUGAGGAUGAUAACAAUGAUGUUGAAUUUCAUUCACCUCAAAAGAUCACUAGCGGUAGUCCCAUACCCGGAAAAUCCACCAGGGUUUUCCCACAUUCUGAUACUGUUAUUAAGAUGUAUCAGGCUAACUUAAGCAAGGCCAUCUCGGUGGAAGUCUUCCACCGAGGUGACAAGUGUCUCUGGGUGCAGAACAUUCUGAACAGGAGCUCUGGCUCACUCUGCGACCCCCCGCCGCCCCCGCCGCCCCCGCCACCUGCGAAGGGGGCUUUCCUGCUGUCGACUCGUACACCGGACCGCGUUGUGUCCCGCACGGACCGCGUUGUGUCCCGCACGGACCGCGUUGUGUCCCGCACGGGCCGCGUUGUGUCCCGCACGGACCGCGUUGUGUCCCGCACGGGCCGCGUUGUGUCCCGCACAGACCGCGUUGUGAUCCUUUCGCUGAGUGCUUGUUGA